AGACUCGCGCGGGUAGCUCCAACCCACCACGUUUGCUCUACGCACCUCUCCACCCCGAACAAACCGCCGUUCAUUCCUUCACAAUGCCCCAGGAGGCCUCGAAGCUGUCAGACCCUGACGCGACCGCCAAAGCAGCCGCCGAGGCCGUCGCCGAAUCGACAGCGCAAGAAGCCCACGACGAGUCGGCCGACGAGAGCGCAGAGGAGGAGGCUACAGACGGACCCGCGGGCGCGACGGAAAAAAAGAAGAAGAGCCGCAAGCGGAAGAUCAAGGAUGCUCUCGCUGGCAAGGGCAAGGCGCCUGCAAUCGAGUCGCUGGACGCGCCUACUGCGGGAGCGCACCUGAGCAAAGACCAGCUAAGCAUGCUGCUGGAAGCCAACCCCGCGCUGAAGAACCAAUUGCUGGCAAAUAAAGGCAACCAGAGUCUAGAGGACAUGCUCAAGAAGCUCAGCAUGCAAGAGAUGCUCACCGGCCUCGCGCCGCAGGCCAAGAACGUGAAGGACAUGGGCAGCCACCAGUUCUGGAAGACGCAACCCGUGCCGAGCUUCGACGAGAUGAUGGCGGGCAAGGACAAGAUCGUGGACGGGCCAAUCAAGGAGAUUGACAUUGCGCGCGUGCCCAAAGAGCCCAGCGACAUGUACCCUGGCUUCAAGUGGGUGACGAUGGAUCUGGAGGACGAGAAGGAGUUGGAUGAGGUCUACGAGCUGCUGUCGAACCACUAUGUCGAGGACAACGAGGCUAUGUUCCGCUUCCGAUACUCUCCCUCUUUCCUGAACUGGGCCCUAAAAGCACCUGGCUGGAAGAAAGAGUGGCAUGUCGGUGUUCGCGCCGAGAAGUCGGGCAAGCUUGUCGCCUUUAUCUCUGGUAUUCCACUACAGCUGCGUGUGCGCGACAAGGUUCUCAACUCCUCUGAGAUCAACUUCCUCUGCGUCCACAAGAAGCUGCGAUCGAAACGUCUUACUCCGGUGCUCAUCAAGGAGAUUACACGUCGCUGCUACGUCAAUGGCAUCUUCCAGGCUGUGUACACUGUCGGCUCCCUGCUUCCUACACCCGUCUCAACAUGUCGCUACUACCACCGCGCACUAGAGUGGGAGAAGCUGCACGAGGUUGGCUUCUCGCCUCUGCCGCCGAACAGCACAAAGGCGCGCCAGGUCGUCCGAUACAAGUUGCCGGAAAAGACUCUCCAACCUGGUGUUCGCGCGCUCGAGCCUAAAGACACUGACGUUGUGCUGGACCUACUUCAACGGUACCUCAAGCGCAUGGACAUGGCACAGGAGUUCACCAAAGAAGAGUUUGAGCACUGGAUGUUCAAUCAGAAGGGUGCAAAAGAGCAGGUCGUAUGGGCAUACGUUGUCGAAGACCCAGAGACUAAAAAGAUCACCGACUUCUUCUCGUUCUACAACCUCGAGAGCACGGUCAUUGGGCAUAAGAAGCACAACUUGAUCAAGGCGGCGUAUCUCUUCUAUUAUGCCACGGAGAAGGCGUUCAGUGGCGACGAAACCUCGCUAAAGACGCGCUUGAACGAGCUUGUCAAGGACGCUCUGAUUCUGGCAAAGCAGGCCGACUUCGAUGUCUUCAACGCACUCACUCUCCUCGACAACCCGCUCUUCCUCGAAGAGCAGAAGUUCGGUGCCGGUGACGGCAACCUGCACUACUAUCUCUACAACUACCGCGCCGCGCCUUUGGGUGGUGGCAUCGAUGGUCAGAGCAGGCCUAGUACGAAGACGAUGGGCGGGGUGGGAUUGGUCAUGUUGUAGUAGAGGGGCAGCACUGGUCGGUGGUACGUUCAUGAGACUAUGAACAGUCAUGUGGUGUGCGAAAAAGGACUAUUCAUUGUAGAGGAGCAAGGCUGGAUGAUGAAUCAUGGCGUGACAUUGCGGAGCGGGCGACUGGCAUCUAUCGUGACUGCAGGCAUGGAUUCGGUCGCUUUCGAAUACCCAAUGCAUAUUCACUGUGGUAUAGUUUCACUGUAGCCACGAUUGCGACUGGAACACUGAAACUUUGUAUGGCACUCCCGACCGUCGAC